GAAAUGGAUGGGAUAUGUCAAUUUAUCAAGCAAGCACCAGUGACUCUUACACCAUGGUAAUGCGCACUUUAAAACAGUAGGUGGUGGUGUAGCAAUAUGUUGUGUCGUGAGCGAAGAAGACCACAAACAAACAUGGCGACCGCCGGGGACAACUCGAGGGUUCCUCGGACAGGCUGGGUGUACAGAGAGGUGAAGGAGCCAGAGAGUGUGUCAGACCACAUGUACCGCAUGGCCCUCAUGUCUCUCACCAUCACUGACCCCACGGUGGACAAGGACAGGUGCAUGAAGCUGUCUCUAGUCCAUGACAUGGCCGAGUGCAUCGUGGGAGACAUCGCCCCGCUGGACAACGUCAGUAAAGCUGAGAAACACAGGCGAGAGGAGGCAGCCAUGAGGCAGCUGAUAAGUUUCACUCCAGGCAGCGUUGGACAGGAGUUGUAUGGCCUGUGGGAGGAGUACGAAAACCAGAGCAGCCCCGAGGCCAGGCUGGUGAAAGAGUUUGACCGCCUGGAGAUGAUCCUGCAGGCUCACGAGUAUGAGGAGUUGGAGGGAACGCCGGGAAGGUUGCAGGAGUUUUUCGACUCCACUGAAGGUCAUUUCCAGCACCCGGAUGUGCUUCAGCUCGUCAGCUCUUUGAACGACGAAAGGAAAAGUCAUAUGACACGUUCAGCAAAUAUCUCUGGGAAGUCGCAGCCGCAAGCUUCUUUACAUGCUUCGUGACAUAAAACUAAAAGGUGGGGGCACAUAAUGCACACAUACAAUUCCAUUAAAAAAAAAAAGUUAAA